AGCUGAUAAAUCAGAAUUCUUCACAUGUGUAAUUCAUCAUGGAGGAAAGAUAAUGCAUGAUGAAAAAAAAGGCACAAAGUAUAAGGGUGGAAAAGUUAGUUAUGUUGACUUCAUAAAUGUUGAUAAGAUUUCUUGGCUUGAAUUAGAGGACAAGCUAGAGAUACUGGGGCAUAAUAUUGAAGAUGUGAAUUGUUUUUGGUUAAAGCCAGGUUUGAAACUUAUUGACAGUCUUAUCAAAAUGAUCGAUGAUAAAACAAUAAUGGAUAUGGUUGCACACUUACCUUCUGAUCAUUAUGUACAUGUUUAUGUGGAGGUGAAGUCAAAUAAUUAUUGGGAUAGAAAUGAAGAGAACAAUGUUGACAAUGCUAGUGAUGAUGUUAACAAUAAAAAUAGUGACAAUAGUGAUAAUGAAGAUCCAGAUUAUGAAGAAUCUAGAUUUGAGGAGAGUGAUAAUGAAUUAGAGGAUUACGAAAACUUUUUUGAACAUGAGGUGGAUCUAGGGCUUGAUGGUGGUGCUACAAUUUUGAUUGGAGGUUAUCCUACUAGUAAUAUUCCAGAAAAUGAAGGACUUAAUACUGAUAACUCACAUGAACUACAUAGCCUAUAUGAGUCUGACGAUGAUGGCACUUCUAAGAGAAGGUAUCCAGAGUUCAAUGAGAGUGUUGACAUCGAGAAACUAAAGUUGGUUGUAGGAACGUUAUUCAAAGAUAGGGAAUUAUUGAAACAAGCUAUUAAACAAGAAGCAAGGAUGAAUAGGGUGGAAGUUAAGUUUGAAAAGAAUGAUAAGAAAAGGGUUAAGGCAAUUUGUAAGGAAGAGAAUUGUCCUUGGGAAAUGCGGGCAUCACUCGCUGAUUGUUAAGGCAGACCAAGACACAACUUGGCAGAUCAAGACUUUGAAAUAUGGGCAUAAUUGUGGGAAAAAGACAGAGAAUAAAAACUUCUCUGCACA